GAGCAGGUGGGGGAGGAGGAGGAGAAGACGACAUAGACUUAUGAGGGUCAAGGGACAGGGACUCAUUAGGUAGGGUGAGACAAGGAGAAGAGAGAAUAAGCUCAUGGGGAACAACAAAAAUGUACUCAUCAAGAGGGACCUCAGAAGGAAAUGAAUCAAUAUAAACCAAACCCUCUUUGGAAAUUGGGGCUGUGAAAGGAAGAAGCUGAAAGUAAGGGAGACGUUCAAGAAAUGCAAUAUGGCGGGAGACAUAUAGGCGAUGGGAAACAGGGUCAUAACAUGGAUAACCUUUCUGAGUGAGAUUGUAACCCAAAAAGACACAUAAGACAGAUCGGGUACUUAGUUUGGUCCAAUCUUUACAGGCUAAAAGGACAAAACAAGCAGACCCAAACACACGAAGGACGGAGUAAUAUGGAAGUUGAGAAAACAGAGCCUUAUAAGGAGACCAACCAGAGAGAAGGGGAGUAUGUAUACGGUUGAGAAGAAAACCAGCAGUAAGAAUUAUCUCAUCCCAAAACGGAGCUAGAACAUAGGUAGAGAGAAGGAGAGUCCUAGCUGUCUCAAGGAGAUGACAAUGUUUACGCUCAGCGCGACCAUUUUGGGAAGGUGUAUCAGUACAGGAAGUUUGGUGAAGGUACUCAAAUUGGCCAAAUACUCACAGAACUCAGUUUUAAAAUAUUUCCCACCCAAGUCAGACCGUAACAAUUUAAUAGUAGACCCAAGCUAUGUAGUGGCCAUAGAUUGAAAAGUACAAUAUAUCUGGUAGAAACUUAUGAGUCAUAAGAUAAACCCAAAUGUAACGAGUGCAGUCAUCAACAAAUGACACAUAACAUGCAGAAUCCCCAUUGGUGAGAACAGGAGAAGUACCUAGACAUCAGUAUAAACUAAAGAAAACGGUGUAUCAGAUAUAGAAGUACUUUUACGGAAAGGUAAGGCUGUCAUUUUGGCAAGUUUACACCCUAACACUCAGUAAGUUGACUAGGAGAAAUUUUACGCACUAUACCUGACUGAGCUAAAGACCGUAGGCAGUUAGCAUACAAAUGCCCUAAUCUGGAAUGCCACAAAUAGAAAGGACUUGAUAGAGAAUCUAACUGAAAAGAGGAAAAGACAAUCGGAGAGGCAGAUGCAAGCUCUCCACCACAUAGAGGUCUCUAACUCUACGGCCGGUCCCAAUCUGCUGCUUGGACAUCCGAUCCUGCACAGACCAAAUAGAAGAAGAAAAAAUAACAUAAAAACCGAAGACAUCAAGCUGACUGAUAUAUAAUAAAUUGAUAGAUAACUGAGGAACAUAAAUGACCGACAGAAUAGAGAUAGCAGACAUAGUAGACGGUAAGACAGACCCAACUGAUAUAACAAACAUACUAGACCCAUUAGCAACAUUAACAGUAAUAAGAAAGAGAGGGGGAAUACAAUUUUGAAGUAAGAAGAGAUGAGGAGUCUUAUGAUGAGAAGAACCAGAGUCAAAAAUCCAGACAGACGAAGAGAUACUUGAAGAAGACCCAAGUAAACCUAAAUAAAGAGAGGAAACAACCGAAGCAGACGAGGAGGGUUAAGAGGUAGACAGUAUAUACUGAAGUUGACUAAUCUGAGCCCUCAAGGAAGCCAAGUCAGGAGCAGGAGUCGGAGCAGAUGUAGUGGAAUUGAUAGAGGGACGAAAAGUACUCAGAGGAGGUUCUUGAGAUUGGGUUUGAGACAGCUGAGAAGACGUGGCAGGCAGACAUCCCUUCUUGGGACAGUGAUACUUCCAAUGGCCCUUCUGAUGGAAGAAAGUACACUUAACUGAAGCCAGAGAUAUCAUAAUAACUUGAAAGCUAAGGGGUUCAAGUGUAAUAAACUCUAUAUAGAACAAAAUAGCCAAACCAAGGGUAAUAACCAGUGUAAAACAAAAAUCUGAUAGGGCAAAACAAAAUAAAUCCAACAUCACAGUGUAAUAACCAGAAGAGUGUUGGGUUUCAACGUAAAAUAUAAUAACUAGUUGGGGUCAAAAUAUAAUAAUUAGAUUUUCGUGAAGUCGAAGGAAGCAGUCUGAAGUCGAGAGAACCAAAUUAGAGAAGAGAGAGAGAGAUUGAAGCCAAGAGAACUUGAAGCCGAAGUCGUGUUUGAUGGAGGUUGCAUCUGAAGGUCACAAACCAGAGGAGUUGCGUACUAGAUGAGUUGCAUUUCCAACCCUAAAUGGUUGCGAUUCCGGUGAUAACAGAUCUGGUACAAUCGAGACUCUGGUGACUGAACCAGGGAGAGAACUCGGACGAAGGUCAUGCAAGAGCCAAGAGAACUUUGAUCAAUCAGAGAACUUCGAGCUUCGUGAACACGACCAGAGAGAGAGAGAGAACUUUGAGAAUACCAAUCAUGAUUUUGGUGGUCUAUGACUUGCGACUCAGAGGGAUAAAACCAGAGGGCUGAUUUCUGAGAGACGAUCGCGAUGAAGAAGAGCACCUAUGAUCACGACUCAAUGAGAUUUUGAUGAAGACGACACAGAGACAAUUUCUAGGGUUUCGGCUCAGAGACAACUCUGAUACAAUAUGGCUGCAUACCAUACUGCUCUCCAUUCACGAGUAGACUGCAUUGAGAUUGAUGUUUCUCGUUCUUCAGAUGGAAUUUUGUUCGCUCUUCAUGACAGGGACUUGCAGCAGAUAUCAGGGAACAGUACGUCCAAGGUUGGGCACUUGAGUGUGAAAGAGAUUAAAGAAUUGGAUCAUGAUCAAAACAUUCCUACCGUUGAAGAUGCAUUGAAGUUGAUAUCCAGUUCUGUUAGACAGAUAAUUCUUGACGCAAAAGUUGGGCCACCAUCAUAUGAAAAGGGUCUUGCCAAGGAUAUUCUUUCUGUGGUUGAGAGAACACAAUGUAAAAAUUGCCUUGUUUGGACUAAAAGCGACAAUUUAGCAAGGGACGUAAUGAAACUGUCUCCGGAUGUUAUGGUAGGCUACAUUGUCAUGAAAGAUCCUUCUACUGGGGCUAGAAAUAACUUAUUGAGGAUGAGAGGUGCUAGUGUUGUUGGUGUAUUCCACCCUUUAAUUGACGAGAAACUUAUGAAAAUACUUCAUGGGAGAAAUAAGAAGGUAUAUGCGUGGACAGUGGACGAUCAAGCCUCCAUGAAGAAAAUGCUGUAUGAGAAUGUGGAUGCUGUUGUUACUAGCAAUCCCACUUUACUUCAGCAUCUUAUGCAAGACAUUAGAACACAAUGUCUUGAGGAAGGUUUCUCUUUGUCAUAACCAUUACUCAGAAAAUCUCAACCUUGAACUUUUACAAAUAUGAAAAUCUUUCUGUUCUGUCCCCUAUUUAUGUGAAUAUCAGGAAAAAAAAAAUUGUUGUAUAUGGUCUUCAAUUCAUUAAUAGCUACCUUAAUUUCCUUUGCAAUUAAUUUUAGUUUGAGGAAUACUGCAAACUUGCCGAAAAAGUAGGUGCCUUGUCAUUUGUCCAACAUUUACGUUGGGUUUGGUUGGGAGAUUUGGUAAGGGAUUUGGAAAGGAAAGGGAAAAAGGAAAAAGGAAAAAGUGUGUGAAAUUAUGUGAAAUGUAGGUAUAUUUUAUUCAUAUUUUACUUAUUUUUUUCCUUUUUCUUUUUCCAAAUCCCCCAACCAAAUACAGGAGAGGGAGAGAGCACAUUUUUUGUUCUUCAUUGCUAUUAUAAAAUGUUGUCACAUGUGAUGAAUUGCCUUGACACAGUUUAUGAAAUUAGUGACUCUGUCGGA